AUGAAAUCGAAUACACCAACUAUUAUUCGACCAAUUUAUACGGAUAAAAUUCCGUAUAAUACAGCAAUAUGGCUUAACAACAAUCAUAUAAUUCCUACUCGAUUGUAUCAACAGCCACAGCGUAUAGGAGACGAUAGUCUCAGUUUAAAUAAUAAAUCACAAACAAAAGAAGGUCUUGUACAAACAGAACAAUCAUUAUUAUCUAAUGACAAAAAUCAAACAACAUGUUCAACCGAACAAAUUAUUGGCUGUUCUGCUGCUUUACUAAUUGCAGUAUUAUGUAUUUGUCUUAUUAUUGCAAUUCCAGUUGUCAUAUUUUUUAACUUAAAAACUCAAUCACAUACAUUUGUUCAUGAAAGCAAUUUACAAAAUGGAAAUUAUUUUAAAAUGAAUACGACCAAUUCUGUUAUUCUAUUGAAACCAGUGAAAGAUGUUCUCCUAACAAACAUAUCAAAUUUAAUUCACAAUGCAACGCAGAUGAAAAAUGAUUAA